AUGCAUUCUUUAUCACAUUUUAAAAAUAAUAUUUAUGAAUAUUUAGAAGCCUUACCAACAAACACUUUAGAUAGCUUGUACAGAGAACCUGCUACAUGUUUAGCUAUUUUCAGGCUUUUACCACCAUUAGCAAGACAUUUUGUGAUGACAUUAUUAUUUAUACCACCAACUGAAUUAAGUAUUACAAAGGAUGAUUUAAAACUAAUGGUUAAAAAUCAAGAGGAAGCAAUACUCAGAUUUGAGGAUGCAUUAGAAAAAUUGUCAAAAUUACAUAUAUUAAUAGAAAAAGAUGGAAGAAUGAUAAUGAAUCCUCAAUUUCAAACAAGUCAUCAAAACUGUUUAACUGGAGGAGGAGAUCAUCAGAGUUUUGGUACACCAUCUUCAACACAUGGAAGAUAUAUACCAAAUAAUAUAGUAGCAUUUUUAGAUAAUUAUGCUAUGAAACAAUGGGAAGAAAUAUUACAUUUCAUGGUUGGUACAGAAAAUCGGAAUGAGCCAAGUAAAGGUGUUUUAAAUAUAUUAAUCAGAUCACAAUUAAUGAAAGAGCACAAAGGAGAAUAUGAAAUUACCAAUAAAGGAUUUCAAUUUUUAUUACAAGAUGUCAAUACACAAUAA